AGGUCUCCCUGCCCUGCAGAUAAGCUCCAGGAUCGUUUUUCCUUGCUUGGAGUCCUACGCUGUGAGAUAAAGCAGUGAAUGUUAGGAUAGAGUAGGAGGAUAAGCAAUGCAAUGCUUCUAAUCUCUCUUCGGCGCUGGGGAACCCUGUUUACUGUCGGAAUGUAAGGAAGGGCAGAAGAGAAAGGGGCUGGUGCUGCAAGGGGCUGGAAGGAUUUGUUUGACACAGUGCAGAAGAAAUUUGCAUUCGUCAAGAGGAGCACAGAAUCGGUUACAGGUGAAGAUACACAUCAGAGCACAGCAGUGAAACAUGAGUGCAGAUGCUAUUCAGGGGGUGGUGACUACCCCUCCCCCACCCAGCAUGGGCCACAAAGACAGAUACUUCGACCGGAUCGACGAAAAUGACCCAGAAUACCUCCGUGCAAGGAACAUGUCUCCGGACCUGAGGCAAGACUUGAACAUGAUGGAUCAGAAGAAGAGAGUCACUCAGAUACUGCAGAGUCCGGCCUUCAAAGAUGAACUAGAAGGCCUAAUUCAAGAACAGAUGAAGAAGGGAAACAACCCCACAGGGCUUCUGGCAUUGCGGCAGAUAGCAGACUUAAUAAUGACCAGCUCGAUGGCAGGAUUCUCCACCUCUCCCCUCAGCCUUGGAAUGGUCACGCCCAUCAACGACCUGCAUGGAAUGGAAUCCUCCGCGUUUGUGAAAGGAGAGAAGCUGACUCGGUGUAAACUGGCCAGCUUGUACAGACUGGUGGACCUCUUCGGCUGGGCUCACCUAGCCAGCUCCUACAUUACAGUGAGGGUCAGCAAAGAACAAGACCAUGUCCUCAUUAUUCCCAGAGGGCUGUCCUUUGCUGAAGCCACAGCUUCAAACCUGGUGAAGGUGAACAUUAUUGGGGACGUUGUGGAUCAGGGUUGUACAAACCUGAGCAUUGACCAUGCUGGGUUCAGCCCCCACUCUGCUAUCUACUCGAUGCGCCCGGACUCCAGAUGCAUCGUACAUCUCCACACACCUGCAGCUGCAGCCGUUUCAUCUAUGAAGUGUGGCAUCCUCCCCAUCUCCCAAGAGGCACUCAUUCUUGGUGAUAUUGCCUACUUCAAUUACCAAGGGUGCCUUGAUGAAUCGGAAGAGAAAGUUGAGCUCCAAAAAGCUCUGGGUCCAUCUUGCAAGGUGCUGGUACUGAGAAACCAUGGUGUGGUCGCUCUCGGGGAAACGAUAGAGGAGGCCUUUCAUUACAUUUACACUGCCCAGUUAGCCUGUGAAAUCCAGGUAAAUGCAUUGUCGUGUUCCGGGGGAGUGGAAAACCUGAUUGUCCUGGACUUGGAGAAGUACAAGGCUGUCACUCAGGGAGUGGCGGUGGGGGGGGUUAGCAUGGGCACCCAGCAGAAAUGGAAAGUGGGAGAACUGGAGUUUGAGUCACUCAUGAGGAUGCUGGAUAACCUGGGCUACAGGACGGGCUAUGCCUACAGACACCCCAUCAUUAGAGAGAAGCCCAGGCACAAGAGCGACGUAGAGAUCCCUGCCACCUCCACUGGCUUCCUGUUCGAUGAGGACAGCGCAGCGCCACGCUCCGCUCUCAACUUCCUGGCACAGAAACAGCAGCGUGAAAAAACACGCUGGCUCAACUCUCCCAAUACCUACAUGAAGGUGAACGUGGCAGAGGAGCCCCACAACAGGGAGAGCAGUCCCAGGAAUAAGAUAACAUGGAUGAAGGCAGAUGACUGCACUAAAUCCAGCAGCGGCACUCCCAUCAAAAUUGAAGAUCCCAAUCAAUUUGUUCCAUUAAACACAAACCCCAUCGAAGUGCUGGCAAAGAGAAACAAGAUAAGAGAGCAGAACCGAUUUGACCUCAUGACAGCUGGACCACAAUCUCAGCUCUUGGCCGGCAUAGUGGUGGAUAAGCCCUCGGCACCGUAUGUGGUAUCGGAUGAGGAGCAGACUGGCCCCCUCCCUCCUAACCCUUUCACGGAGCUGAGCGAGAGAGAGAUGGAGGAGUAUAAGAAGGCAGUGAUGCUGCGACAGGAGGGAUACCAGGAUACUGAACAGGAUUUCACAUCUGAUGACGGUUCCACACUUUCACAGUCUCUGUCACAAACUCAGUCUCCUCUAAUAACUCCAGCUCCAGAAGCAGAAAACCAUACAGACUCCAACCUGACCCCCCAGGGCACCCCAGCUGUGAUUGUGAAUGGGAAAGACGACCUUCAUGACGUGGAGGAGGACCUGACAAAGCGAGUGAGCCAGCUGACCACCAGCACUGUGGGGAGUGUGGAAAUCACCAUCAAACCAGCGGAGAAGAUCGAGGAGACCCUGUCUCCCGAGAGCUCUCCCUCCAAAUCACCCUCCAAGAAGAAGAAGAAAUUCCGCACGCCUUCCUUCCUCAAGAAGAACAAGAAGAAGGAGAAAGCUGAAGCUUAGGGGGAGGGAGCAUCAUUUCUUUGGUUUUUUAAAUGAAAAAUUCAAAUUUUAUGUUAAAAAAAAAAAAAAAGACACUGCACAUUUGAAAUCAAACAAGUGAAAAAAAAAAAGUUAACAGGUUUAUGCAUCUCUCUCUCUCUCUCUCUCUUUUUUGGGGGGUAGGAGACAGGUUGGGCAGUGAUUUCACAUGAAAGUUCAAACUGGAUUUGUAACGUGAGCCAACUGGAAGCUAAAAUAAAUCCUGGCUACCAGGCUUGCAGGCGGUUCUUCAGUCUUUCCACCUUGAUAGCCAGAAAGGGCAGAGGAAAUCAUUUUUUGCUCUAUGGCCAGGUUAAAGGGGCUGAGGAUAUCGUUUUGUGGUUGAUGGCCAGGUGAAAGGGCAGAGGAAAUAUGUUUUUGCUAUCUGAAUUGUUACAUUUUGGUGGGUAAAUGCAAAAUAAAAGGGGCAGGCAUCAAAUGCUGCAUUUCAUUCAUUGAAUGCAAUUCAUUAACUGCAUGCUACCCACCCUUUUGUUAUAUAUAGAAUAACACUUUUUUUGCUUCUGUUCAGAUAGUCACUUUCAUGGUUCUGGAACCAUUGUUCUUUUUGUUAGGAAUGCGCACCAUACAGAAUCUACGUGACUGCCACACUGCAAGCUAACAGUUUAUUGCACGUUCUUGGGUUUUAGAAACCAGUUCAAGAUGAGGUCUGUACAGAUGGCCCUGUAACUGCACAGCCAUACUGUAACUUCAAGACAAACUAUUGAUUCCGCACUGACUCAAAAAACAAUCGCAUUGAAAGACCUGUGUAGUGUUUUAUUUGGAAUAUUAAAGCACUCGUUCGUUCUAUUAGUUAACUUUUUUUGUUUCUUGCCAAAAGAAAAGAAAAAUCACGUUUUAGUGAAUCAUAAUCUCAAGGUUUAAUCAUUUUCUUUUUAUAUUUUAAAUUGCAUUUAGAAAAGAAAAUAGAAGAUUAAUCUCGCUGUAUCAGGACUUUUUAUUACCCUUAAACCUGGUUAACAUGAAACUCUUUUAAAUUGGUUUUCUAUCUAUUUCUAUACUCUUGCGUUAAACAAAUGACCAGCAUGUAUUGCAAGAAUCUAAAGUUAUAGAACUGAUCUAGUGAUGCCUGCUUUGUGAAAUAGUAUAGUUAUGAUACAGGCAUUAUAGCUCAGAUUACUAAAAACAUAUAUAGAAGAGUUAUAGAAAAACGGAAUUUUGUGUUUAUAGGGCUUUUUUUUUUUUACUUUUUACUACACUUUUUUGUGGCAUUUAACAAAUCAUUAAAUGCUGGUGUUCCAUAAUGUAACCAAAAUGAAGGAAUGAGAGGAAAAAAAGGAAAAGUUGUUGUUGGGUGUUGAGAGGGAUAGACCAGAUAUGGUAAAUGUGGAAUAACGUUUUUGAAAGUCAAUGAUGUCAGGCUAUGGUUUGUGUCAGUAAAAAUGUUUUUUUUUAAAAAGGAGAAAAAUAAUUGCAGCUACAUAUGUGACCAGUUUGAAUGAAAAUCAGCCUACAUGGAAAAGACUACCAGAACGGCAUCCUGCGUUUUUAUAUAGUGUCUGAACAGCAGGUGUUUAAAGAGCUGUAAUCCAACACAACAACCACCACCAAGCAUGUUUCAACUGUAGUUUCUCAGUGACGACACUGUUAAAGGAUACAAGACUGCCAACCUGGUGAAUUAAUCAUCUGGUUAUUAUUAGAAAGGAAUAUUUCCAUCUGAUGCUUUUUUCCCCUUCUAUGUAUUCACUUACAAUCGUAGGUGUACAGUUAGCUGUGUUUGUUUUACUGCUUUUUUUUUAUCACAUUGGAAAGUCUAGAGAGUUUUCAUUUUAGAGCAACUUUUUGUUUCUCCAAACUAAAACUGAAUUUUAUAUAUAUAUAUAUAUAUAUAUAUAUAUAUAUAUAUAUAUAUAUAUAUAUAUAUAUAUAUAUAUAUAUAUAUAUAUAUAUAUAUAAAAAUAUAAAUAUAAAUAAAAUCUAGAAAGAAUUUACGUUGAGCAAACAUAUUUUGGCUUGGCUGUUGUAAGCCAUGAGCAACUGUAUACUAAUAUCCCAGCUAACAAUGUGAAUGAGUUGCUAUGGCAGACGGGGAGUGGGCACAUUAAAGCUUUGUAUGUUGCAAAGAGGGAGGCCAGGUUUGGAUAGAUGAAAGCUGGAGGAGGUGAGAGAGAGCUUUACAAGACGGAAUCCUGCAUUAACUAAUACUGGAAAAAAAAAAUCCUAUUAUAACAACGUGUUUAAUCUCAACUGUUUUAUUUGCUAUUGUUUAUAUGUGUUAAACCAUAUUUUUUUCCCUUAUUUGUAUUAAAACAUGUUUUUGAAAUCCGUUUUCUGAGCACUAUGCAUUAAUAACUGUUUUUAAAGAGUGUACAUUAUUUCUGAAUGGCUAUGCAUUGCUUACCUCCCUUUUGUUUGUUUUUUUGCACCUUGUUUUAAUAACGUCUCUUAUUAAUUUGUUUUAAACUUAGCUUUGGCUGCUUGAGUAUGAGCCGAGUCAAUCUGUGACCUGUGGAAACUAUAUAAAUGCUUAUCUAAUUGAAUUGCUUUUAGAUGUAUUUGCGAAUCAGUGUACAUUCACAAAUAAACAGUACUUUAAGGAAUGAUUGCCAUGUUAAUCUAAAAUUGGGGAUGUGGUCUUGUAUUAAAGGAGAACUCAACUAAUGGUACUUUUUAUGAAUGUAUUAUUAAAUUGCUUUUUCAAGCUUCGAUUGUAAUAUGCCAGGCACAUUUUUAGUGUGUGUGUGUGUAAACAUAAUAUUUGAGAACUCCCCCACUCUCACCAGAAAUUGAGUGACAUGACCAGGGAGAUGAAAUACAUAUGAAAUGGUUAGGGGUGGGACAUGCUAGUCCACAUGCAUGAUUGCAUGAUGCAAGUUAAUAUUGUUACACCAGAAUAGCAGAAAAUAUGCAAUCCAGAUUAUAUUCUACCCAACAAAAUCCAGGUUUCAUGGGACACAGACACAUUUUUGUAUUAUAAUUUUUAACAGCACACUAUCUCAUAUCUGGAAAUGGAACAAGACUACCCAAACUACACAGCCUAGGUCAGGUACACAGCUCUGGUCAUAAGGAGUCAUUCCACUCCAGAAUCUAUUCGUUAUCAAUAGAAGUGUGGGGUAUUGUUGGAAGAAACACUUGGUCUAGGAUGGACUGCAGUGCAUCCCUGGUCUAGUCAAAUGCAGAAUUGAAUAUUAUCAUUUGUUUAGACAUUCGUGUAACAGCUGAAUCAAUGACCUCCAUAUCAGAUGGUAUCUUAGUUGCAAUAGGCCCUAACCAAACUGAUUUUGCAGAUGUCCCAUGUAGAAAAAAAUAGAAGUACUCUUACAGCAAGAUAAAUGAAGAGGUAGGGUGCAUUUAUUUUUGUCCUGAUAUUAGAUUCUGUUUUAUUGCAUUGGAUUAAAUGAUUUGUUGGGCUCUGUGUAUGCAGAGGCAGUGACAUCACUGAAGGAGUGCCAUUGUGCCUUAACACUAACUCCCAGGAUGCACUCACUCAGCAGAACACACUGGUGACACUUCCAACCCACUGCAGAACCUUGUAACAACCAGAAUCAGAAAGACAGGAGAGCCACAAGCGAGUAUCACCACUAGACUAAAUAAAAUAUGCAAGAGGCACAUCAGGACACGUAUAUGCUACUUACCCUCGGGGAAACACAUGGGAUGUAUAAAAAACAAGCUUUUCAGUUGCCUUUUUGAAUACAAACCACAAUUUGUUGAGUUCUUGUUUUUAACCUGUCCUGUAUUUGUAUCAAUAAAGAAAUCCUUAUUAACCUGA